GCAUCGAGCCUGUUACAUGUAUCGAAAAGAAUAUAAUCUAUGUUUAAGGAAAUAUCAACAAUCAAUCAUCAACAUGUAGUGUAAAUUUACGCCGCAUUUUAUCUUUUAGAGGAAAUGUGUUAUUGGCACGUUAGUGUGUGCUUAAUUUGGCUCUGACUAAGAAACAGAAAAGUGAAUAACGAUGUUUGAGUGAAACCGGAAGUACGGGCGUUCAGUUCUAGUUCCGUUAGAAAACGUGAUCCGACGCCUCCUACUCCUUGUUCUUGGAGAAGCUAGGCCGCUCUGACAACAGAGCAGAUCUGCCCCAUUCCCUUUCCCACAGCAUACAGGUCAGCAACCGCAGAUAAAACACUGUUCGUUGUUUUACUCAUAGGUUAUCUUCUGCCCCCUCAACUAAAUUAAAAUCCACAAAACGGUCCUAUAUUCUUCACCAUGGCGGCAAGUGCGAAACGGAAACAAGAGGAGAAACACCUGAAGAUGCUGCGAGAAAUGACGAGUUUACCUCCCAACAGAAAGUGCUUUGACUGCGACCAGCGCGGCCCAACCUAUGCCAACAUGACCGUGGGUUCCUUCGUCUGCACCUCUUGCUCUGGCAUCCUACGAGGACUGAAUCCACCCCACAGAGUCAAGUCCAUCUCCAUGACUACUUUUACACAACAGGAAAUCGACUUCCUACAGAAACAUGGGAAUGAGGUUUGUAAACAGAUUUGGCUCGGCCUUUACGAUGACAGAACCUCUUCAGUACCAGACUUCAGAGAGCCACAGAAAGUCAAGGAGUUUCUUCAAGAGAAAUACGAGAAAAAGCGCUGGUAUGUGCCCCCUGAACAGGCUAAGACAGUAGCUUCAGUCCAUGCUUCCAUCUCUGGCUCCUCUAACAGCAGCACCAGCAGCACCCCAGAGGUUAGACCACUCAAGUCCCUGAUGGGGGACUCAGUCCCCGCCCUGCACCUCAGCAAGCACACACCCCCAAAUCAGUCACCAGUGACGAACCGUGGACAGACCCAUCAUCAUCAUCAUCAUCAUCAGCAGCAGCAGCAGCAGCAGCAGUUCCAGGACAAAAAGUUUGACCUCCUCAGUGACUUGGGUGGAGACAUCUUUGCUGCCCAGCCUAAUGUGAAUGCCAGCACCAACUCUGGUUUUGCAAACUUUGCACAUUUCAAUAACCACACAACUUCAAAGAACGCCAACACAAAUGCAGACUUUGCAAAUUUUGAUGCAUUUGGGAGCAGUUCUGGGUCAUCGGGCUGUUUUUCCUGCACACCUCAGGCCACAUUUCAACCCUUGAGCACAGUGAUCACUUUGCUUUCAUCCAGCCACAGUGUGGGCAGUGCCUCCGGGGGUCUAGCAAAUGUUAAUUUUGCAAAUUUUGACAACUUCCACAAAUCAUGUAGUGCUGAGUUUGGAGCCUUCGGUGCCUCCUCCCAGGGUAACUCCACAGGAGCAGGGGGGGUUCAGGGCACUGGCUUCCCUGCUGACAGAUACGCGGCCCUGGCUGACCUAGAUAAUAUGUUUGGCUCUGGGAAAACUGAACAAGGUAGUAUCCCUGGGACAGUGAGCUUAGCUACAGCACCUGAAGUGGCUGCUGCACCUCAACAGCAACCUGCAGUGCCAGCAGGGGGCGAUCGCUACGCAGCUCUUGCUCAGCUGGAUACUGUAUUUGCCCCCCCCCCAGAGUCUGCCAACAAUGUUUACAAUACCUGUGGCACAUCACAAAGUGGUCUCUUUGGUUCAGAAGCUGCAGUGUCAAAAGCACCAGCUCAGCCUCCACUGCCUGGAAUGGCUCAAGGUUUUGAAACUCAGCCAACUAAUCCAUUUGUAGCUGCUGGUGUGGCCCUGUCAGUGGCCCCCACCAACCCAUUUCAGAGCAAUGGCAGAGCAGCAGCAGCAGCAGCAGCAUCAGCAUCAGCAUCAUUUGGCACAGGUUCCAUGAGUAUGCCUGCUGGAUUCGGAAACGCUGCAGCCUACAACCUUCCCACCAGCUUCAGUGGAACUUUUCAACAACCCUAUCCUGGCCAGGCUCCGUACCCUCAGCCUCCUGUGUACCCUCAGCAACAUAAUGGUGGAGGAUUUCCAACCUUUGGUCAGGCUAAGCCUCUGGUGACUCCAUUUGGUCAACCAGUAGGUGGCACAAUGGUCCAAAGCAACCCUUUCUUGGGUGUGGCUCCACCUGCUCAGUAUCCAGCAGGGGGCUCUUCCACAAAUCCCUUCUUAUAGUGAUCCAUCCAAUCAGCUGCACUACAGGGUCAACGACUGGCACGCUUGCACCUAUUGCACUGUUUUGUUUCACAAGUAGCUUUAAAAAUGCAACGUUUGUAAGGAUUUUCAUAUUUUCUAUCCAGAACAUGUGAAUCUGUGGAAAAAAGGACAGUCAUGUUGACACUUUUUACUGAGGACAAAACCAAGUGAGGGUGUGUGCAGAGGGAGAGGCUGAACUCCUCCUCUCUUAUGAAUUAACCUGUGAAUUCAUGGCCUCAGCCUCCACUGAGCCACAGAGUCUAAUGGCUGAAACCCAAGUUAUUCCAUACAGACUUCACUUAAUUCAUUAUGCUGCAUUUCUGUACAAUGUGUUUUUUCAUUGUGGAAAAGGAUUUAGCUCUUUGUGCAUAUCAGUAUUUGUAUCCAGUCCAGGAUUUGUUAGGGCGGGUACUGCCAGUGAUCACAUUUGUAAAGAGAAGCUUUUUAUUUGUGCUGCAGGUCAACAUUUCAGAAUGAGAGGCAUUUCUCUGCCAUCCUUCCUGCCCUGCUGACACACGCUCAGCUCUCUGGGUUUCUGCAACACAUUUUACAUUAUUGUAACCAGAACAAAUGAACUGGGAAAAAAAAAACACUUGCAUCGGGUAUGAUCAUUUUAAGUUAAUGUGUAAA